AUGACAGAAGAAGCGCCCGCAGCUGCCUCCAUGCCGGCGUGCAACGGGAGCCUUCCCCCGGAGGACGGCCCACUCCAGGUCAUCGGCGGCCUCGAAGAAAUUGCAAAAUCUCUUGGGACAGUCCCGUAUGCCAACGCGGAAAUGAGCCCCGGCACUCUACCUGCAAAGGAAAAUCUGGAGGAAAACAGAAAUUCAUUGCCAGAGGACAUCGCUCCUGAGAAUUUUGCUGGAGAGAAGCGAUGCCAAGAAAAGCGAGAGGAGAACGCUGGCACACCACAGCAGGGACCAGCGGAUAUCCAGGACGCAGGGACCAAUGGCCAGGGAUCAGAGGCAGGGCCGGGUGGCACAGCGGGGACGGGCACGGAGGUCGCGGAGACCCCGCCGGGCAGCGCCGAGCCCAGGCCGAACGCGGCCGAGGAGGAGGAGGAGGAGGAGGAGGAGGAGGAGGAGGACACCGAAGAGGACGAAGUUCAGGUGAUCGAAAUGCAGAAGGAGAGCGGCGGCGCGCCCCGCCCGCAGCAGCCGGCCGGCGGCGAGCCCGCGGGCAGCCCCGGCCGCAACUCCCCGCUGCUGGAGCAGCCCGGCCUGGGGAAGAAGAACGACAUCUCCAGACACAGCUAUUCCAGGUACAACACAAUCUCCUACCGGAGGAUCCGUAAAGGAAACACCAAACAGCGGAUCGACGAGUUCGAGUCCAUGAUGCACUUGUGAACUGAGGGGGAGUGCCUAACGCGCCGAGCCUUUGCUCUGGCUCGGUUUUAUCUUCUCCCCCGAAACGUGUCUCUUCACACAACACGAGGUCACUGCUUUUCUUCUUUUUGUAUAUGAUUUGUAAUACACUGUGAAAAUUUAACAUCUUGGCUUUGACGGGGGCAGAGGCAUCCAUAGCGCAGGAAAAUAAAUAAUCAGUUUGCUAAAUACA